AUGAAUAACCAACUAAACAAUCUCAACUGUUAAUUUUGCAAAAUUAAUCAAAACAAGUUUAUCUAGAAAGAAAUACAUUAGAAGUAUUUUGAUAGAUAUGAAAUUAUAGAUAUUUUGAGUAGUUCAAUUUUUAUUUUGCAAAGCCCAUAACAGAAAUUUUAGCAAAUGUUCCUGUAGAUCAUGUCAUUCUAUUUAAAGACCAAUUGUAUUUGCAUGAUGAAAAUGAAUAUAUUAAGCGAUUCUAUUAGAGAGAGGAACAAGACCCAAGAAUUAAAUUACUUAGCAAUUUCUACUAUGAGUAAAAUAAAGUAACUAAUUUAUGCUCAUUAAUCUAUUUCAAGAUCCCUUAGCCCAAUUUAUGCAAAGUCAAUGCUCAUAAGUUCAUGGAGAAGAGAAUAAAUAAAUUGCUAAAAUUACAAUAAAAAGCAUAAAAUAACUAGAAUCAACAACCAAUUACUAAGAAGAUGAUUCCAGAUCAUAUUUUUAGUGAAAACUAUGUUGAAUCUGUAUCUGAGUAGUAUCGACAUACUUAUUUAGUUCCUAUCCCAAGGAACAAAUUUCAUGGGACAGCAAAUCGCAUAACAUCUAUGAGAUUUCACUAAGUGUAGCAUAGCAGGCACAACCAAUAAAUAAAACCCCUAUCUAAUAUCCGAUACUUAACAACUCUGGCGAUCAUAACAAACUAUUCAAUUGUGAAAAUGAUUAGGAUAUAGAUACUCUUAUUUGUGAAGUCAAUACCUAAACGUCUCGUUAGUUGUCAUCCAUUACCAAAGUACCUCUCAAAAAGAAACCUCCCUCUAGUGCAAACAAAAAGAAGAAUCAAUCAAGUUAAUAGCCAUCCCAACCUAAAGUACCUAUUCCACCUCUGAGACUUCAAGAAAGUGCUAAAUCUUCAACUACAACGCUUCCUAACAACAAAUCAACAAGCAUUUAAUCUUUAAUGAAAAAAUAUGAUUAAAUAUUGUAAAAACGUUUUUAAGUGAAGGAAAUAUUAACAGAGCGUAAUGAAACCCGUUGUGCUGCUGCUUUUGGUUCCAGUUGUGGCAUUGGUACUAAUAGAGGAGAUGUUGGCUCAUCAAAAAAAUAGAUUACUGAUGAAAUGCUACUCAAAUUAAUAUCCAAUAUGAAGAAAUCAAAAAAUAAAUCUGACAAUUAUCAAUUUCAUGCUUCCUAUAAAAGUGUGAUGCCUCAUCCUCAAACAGGUCCAGCCUAAUCAUGCACAUUUGAAAAAGAAAACGAAAAAAAGAAAAAAUAUCAAGUUUAUUUAGUAAGCUAUUAAAUUUAAUAGGAAGCCUAAGCAAAUCAAAAAAAAUCCUUCUUAGAUGUCAUCACCAACCACAGUCUAAAAGUAAUUGUAUCCCUUUAUGUUAGCACAUGUUCUCCCUCUAUGCUUCUUAGAUCCCUUUCAAAUCCUUCAAUGGCUCCUUCUCCAAUGAGGAGAUUAGAAAUCAAAGUUAAUUUAAAUAAACUUAUACAACAAUAAGAAUAAGAAAUUGGGUAUUGGACACAAAGAUGCAAAGUACGUUGA